CUAUCUUUGAUGGUCUGCAUCUACAGUACUGCUAUUUUGGAGAGAGGCCAAGUCUCCCUCCCUUCUCUGCAGAGAACUGCUGAACACUGCGGCAGAGAGGAGGCAAGUGUUUGGGUGCUGCAGAGGAUAGACGGACAUUCUCAGGGAGGAAGGUAACGAGACUGCAGGAAAUAAGAGCAAGUCUGCAUGGGGAUCACUGCAUGAGACAAGCACUCUGAUAAUAGAGACUACAAAGGGGCAGAAUUUCUUAUUGGUGCAGGUAGACAUAUAAAGAAAUCUCUUUUAUCUGUCUAGAAAUGGGACAGAUGAUGCAGACACACUUUGCCCCCUAUUCUUUGACAGGGCAAGCCCAGAUAAGACAUAGCUGGGAUGUGAGCAUGUUCUCCUAUAAUAUCUGAGCUGAUACAAUCAUACUUUGGUUAUAGAACAGAUAGAGAGAUCUAAAGAAUGUAAUAGAACAUUCAGACAAAUGUAGCACAGAGAUAUGUUAAGCAAGAAGGUGGAUGUGUGCAUGCAUGGUGAAUGGUGUCCUUGAACAGGACAGUGUUACUUUUGUGAAGGGAUGUUAGUCUGGGAUUAAAACAUUUUUCCUUUAUUUAAAUCAUUUCAGACACAUGGGUUUCUUGCUCAUUGCAAUAGUACUGAAUUUUAUGGUUUCUUCUUUAUACAUAUUACUUGUGCAGUGAUUAAACACUAUUAAACACUAUGAUGGGUUGGUAUUAUGUAGGGAUAAUUGUGACUCAAGAGAGAUGUUUCAUAUAUUCAGAUAUUAAAAUUAGUGUGAUGCUUUCAUCUAAGAAAAAAUUAUGUCACUUUUUUUUUUCUUACCCUUGUUUUUCUGACAAGACUUGUGGCUUAUUCACUAGAGGGUGAAUUGUAGUAAGUUGUACUUUGAAUUUACCAUAUUGACUUACAAAAUGUUUUUAAUUCACUUAAUUUAAUUACUGAAUGAAUACAGUUUUUUAAUCUAUGAUUUAGUCAAUCAUCAUCAUGAAUUCAUAACAGUGAUUUUUAAAAUAGUGUUUUCUAGUGUAUCAUCACGUGACCUUCAACGUAACAAAAGAUUAUAUUCAGAUUUUAAAUCCCUUGUUUAGUUUUCCGAAAAAAAACUAUUCAUGAAAUACAAAACAAUACACACGCUAUUGGUGUAGUUAUAACUGUUUUCAUAUUCUGCUCUCAGCAUAAUUAUGAUAUGUCAGGAAUAACUCUCUUAGCAAAGUGAUCAUUGAUAAUUAUCAAAAUAAAUAAAUCAGCUUCUAUUGUUUUGAGUGCAUGCUCAUUAAUAUAAGGAGUCAUAUAUUAACUUUUUCAACUAUAAUAUUUAAUAUAAUAACCAGGAACAUUACUAGGCUUGGUUCUUCAGUCCAAGGUUAAAUGUUAUGGCCCGCCUAAAUAUAAUAACUGUGACUAAACCAACCUCAGCAUGUUUUAUAAUUCACACAGUGACACCAACUUUGAGGAUGAAUCCGGAGUAUUAUAUAAACAGAUUCAUUAACACCACUCCUGCUGUGUUAACCCUAAGCCUUGAUGUGUUAACUAACCCUGCGCCCACAACAGUUCUACACUGUGCUGUAUAAUUAACUUCAAAUAUGGAACAUUAAUGUGGCACUGUGACAAACUAUGUAAUAUAUAAUCCAUACUUCCCAACUUCUGCGCUCAGGAAAUCAGGUCGAGUGGGCGGUGUCCCGAGGUGGCAUCACCAGUGCUUUGCUAGUGAUGCCUACAACACAAUAGGUGGAGCUAUAUGGAAAGGGGCAGUCUUUUCCAAAAAGCAGGUGGUGUGGACUCACCCCAAAAAAGAAAAAGGGGGGGUGGGCGGAUCUGCCAGCUGACAGGCAGCCUGGCUGGCCCCCUACUAUUAGGAUCAUGCUGGGAGCGCUGCUGUAGUGCUCCCUGAAUGGUCCUAGUGCCUGCUGCACAGCAUGAGCCCGUCUAAUGAUGCGCUCGCACUGUGCUGCCCAAUGUCAGGUCCCAGGUAUCCACAGAUGCAUGACACCAGGGAACUAAAGCAGGAUGACGGGACAGCACCCCAAAAUUGGGCUGUUGGGAGCCAUGCAUUAUUUCUCCCUGGACUGGAAUAACUUAAAUGGGGCCAACUUUUGACUCCAUACCCUAGGAGCCCCCUUUACACCUAGCAACACCCCUGAUAUUAACCAGCAUCAGCAUGCAAAAACUACUAUAACUACAAUGAGUUACAUUUUAAGUCAGAAAAAAACCCUAUGCUAUUAUUAACAGCACAGCUUGUGGUAUAAUAGUGCACAUAAACGUGGCAGAAGUGGUGAGAAGGCUCAUUCUGAAGGAGCAUGAAAUCACCAUGAAAUGCUCUACGUGCAUUUGUUACAUGUUCUUCACUAUUUUGCACUUGUGUAAAUAGUUUUGUGAAAUUCUAUAGAAACAAUACUUUUUUCACUUUUUGUUUCUAAAGAUUAGAAGCUCCUAGACUGCUUGUCUGUCAUUUCCUCUUCAGAUCUCAACCAGUUCCUGUUUUGUAGCCAGACUAUUUCUCUGUGAGAAACAUUACUUCCAUGAUAUUAGAAUCAGUAUAGUAUAGAUCUGGAGCAAGGAAAGACAUGUACACAUUUAUACAAGUAUUGUAUCCUCUUUCUCUUGUCAUAAUACAGCAGCAGCAUAUUUUACCACUGCCAUGUUACAAAGGGUUAGGGGAGGGAGCACUGUUAAUUAAACUUGGCAUAGUAAGCACCGGUAUAUAUUUUGUAGAGUAAGCAAAAUAUAACAUUGUCCAUGUUUUGAUGGAGGGAAGAAAGCAGGUGUUGUGGGAAAUCUUACUGUGCUCUCCCUUGCGCACCCUUCAGUGGUCCGACAGCCAGGAUAUAACGUUAUCCAAGCUUCUGAAUCACUAGAGGGCGCACAUGGAGGACACUUGUCACCAAGGAGCAGAUCCACUCCAGUCCUCUCAGAGAAAGGUAGGGAGGCCGGGUGGACAUCUUAAUAAGUAAAUAUUUGUGAAUAUGAAUGCGAUUUUGCAUGUCUGGUUUAUGUGUGUGUGUGUGUAUGUAUAUCAGUCACGUGUGUAUCCUACAUCCGUCAUGUGUGUGUAGCGGAACGCCAAUAUUAAAUCCACGAAUUCCGCUGGUUCAGGAAGUAAUCCACAGUCAAGCGCUGGAAACAACAAGGCAAUAUCCCAAAUCUCCCAGUAACCGGACGAAACACAGUUCUGAGAGUCAACUGAGGUCUUUUAUUUCAGCUCCACAAUUUAUACAAGUCCCCAUGCAAGGGGUUUCCUGAGUCCCCUCCCAGGGGCAUUUCCAGAGGGGACUACAUGGGGGACUUAUUGUACAGGGUUUUUCUCCCAUCAGGCACUGCUGCACGAGAGGGAUCCUCCCACUGGAAUAUACCGUUAAGUGGAUUAUCCCUCCGUGCAGCAGAACUUACAAUUCGUAUAAAAAUACAUAACUCUAUGAAUAUCUGGUCUAUUUAAACAAAUGGAUGUUCGGUAGAUAGCUGGGGUCUGAGCGCAUCAUUCAUGAGAUUACCGCUCAGAUCCCAGCUAAAACAACCGAACGCCGCAUGAAAAACACAUUUAUUAAAAGACAUAUUAAACUGACCGAUUGCCUUCCAGGGAGUGAAAUACCGACGGCCCGGAAAUACCGAACGGCCCGGAACUACCGAACGGCCUGGAGGCUCAGCGGUGUUCGCGCCGUCGAGUAGCCGUUUUUAGUACCAUGCGCUCGACGACCUAAUACCGCUGAGGGAACAAAGGAUCCAAGAUGGCCGACCGCCGCAUGGUCGUUAGUCGAACGGCGGCCACCUAGGAGAGCCUCUAAUUACCGAUUGCAACAUUGUUGCAAUCGGUUAACAAGCGCCACACGCCUCUAAGUGUGUGGGCUACUAUAUGGAGUGUUUUCGGUUCACGAACGGCCCGCAAAAGUGCCGUUCGUGAAACGAAAGAAGAACCCAAUACAAAUAGCUAUCUGCAUUCGGCAGAUAGCCAAUACAGGAAAUACAAGGUAUUACAGCCAGCAUACAUUAUACUUAGUCACACACAUAUCCCACAACCAUACAGGCAACCCUUAAAGGUACAGUCUCUUUAUGUUGUCCAAGUGGCUAGGUUUGCCACAGUGUGUAUGUCUGGAUUAUGUGUGUGUAUGUAUGUAUAUCAGUCAUGUGUGUAUCCUAUGUCAGGAUUGUGUGUAUGUCUGUGAUUAUGUGUGUGUAUGUCUGUGAUUGUGUCACGACUGCUAGUGUGGUCCAGCACGCAGAACUAUGUAACAUCUACAUAGAAAGAAACUGAAAGGAUAGAACGUAAACCGGUCCUUAGAAUGGCCGGACUGAUACGUUAAGACAGAGAAUGGUCAAGGAAUAGCCGAGGUCAAGGAAUCCAGAAAUACACAAUACCAUUAAACAAAGCAAGUCAGGGGAACCAAAAAUUAGAGUAGUCACGAAUACCCAAGGUCAGAAUACCGGGAAUAGCAAUAACAGGAAUAGUAAACGCACUCUCGGGAAGUGCAGAACAGAACUGUGAGAAAAAUAUAUAUAAAAAACAGGACAUAUUCAUAAGCACUGUGUAAAAACAAAAAUAUAAAAAUACACUACUGCAAUUAAGUCUUUAAAUAAUAGCAGCAUAUAGCAUAAAACAUACAGAAAACAGCAAACGCGUCUCGACAUUAAAGUCUUCCUCGGUGCAAUGUUGAUAGGUGCUGAUGAUUCUUCUUUUCUAUGUUUCUUUUGAUUGCCAAAAUUGAUUCUCGCAUCAGUUUACUUCCGGGCCACGUGUCAGUUCCGGUUACGUUCGUGCACCAGUCCGGCACCAAUAUGACAUCACUUCCGGGUUAGUGCUGAGUGUGUCUCUCUACUGUAGGAAGUCCUUUAGCAUCCAUAUUGUUAGUGGGCAACUUUUCCCAUAAUUGGGAUAAUGUAGAAUAAAAGGUGUUCUGUGGACUUAUAAACACUUGUAUUAGGUAGUGAUAAUUUGCAAUCUAAAUUAUUAUUUUUUUUUAAAUUAUUUAUAGACCAAUGUUACACAAGAUAAGAACAUAUAGAUACAAUAUAAUAUUGACAAUAUAUAUUUUUUUUAAACUUAGCAAGAUGGAAAUGUGUAUAUAUUAACCAGAAUUAUUUAUUAAAAAUAUAUAAAAGAAAUUUAAAUAAUAUAUAUAUAAAAAAUUCCUUGGUUCUAUAAAAAAUAAAAUAUAUUUAUAUUAAAAAUCUGUCAAAAUACCAAACCCACACCCUGACUCUUACGGACCACUAGAGAUGGGAAAACUAAAAUGCAUCUCCCUUAACUGCAAGGGCUUAAACAACCCCGCUAAACGCCAUCAAUUAAUGCGAUGGGCGAACAGAACAGGGGCUGACAUAAUACUCCUCCAGGAAACUCACUUUGAUGCAGCAAGACCGUUCCCACUGAAAAACAGACAUUACAAGGAAUACCACCUAGCAAACUCCCCAAACGGAAAAAGAAAUGGAUACUAAUUUGCAAUACAUGCCCCAUUAGCUUUAAACAAACCACCGCUGACCCCCAGGGCACAUUCCUAACAAUAGCAGACCACCAUGGAACACACAAAUAUGUACUAACGACUAUCUAUGCUCCCACUACCCCAGGCCCACCCUUCUGGUCAGCCUUACGAGCACACCUAAAGCUAUUCCCCUCCCACCACAUGAUCCUCGGAUGGGACUUCAAUGCAGUCCCAGCACCCAAACAGGACCGAAAACGCCACCCACAACAUACCAAAACAAUGCCCAAAAAUGACGGCCAAUGAUAAACUACUCUCGACCUUUAUACUCCAAUCAGGCCUCCAGGCCUCCUGGAGACUACAAAAUCCUACACUAGCAGACUUUACCUUCCACUCAACCCCCAUCUUUCCUAUUCAAGGAUCAACCUGUUUCUGGUCUCCCCCUCACUCCUCACCCAUGAUACCACAACAUCAAUAGGCACAAUCACGUGGUCUGACCACGCAGAGAUAUCCCUCACACUAUCAAUCCCACAGAUGGCAAGAUCGUGGUCGUAGCGUCUUAACCCCACCUUACUGCAUAAACCUGAGAUAAAACAAACCAUACAUGAUGCACUUAAAGAAUACUUCGAUAUAAACAAAGACUCCGUAUCGUCUAUAGGAACACUCUGGGCGGCACACAAAGCCGUCAUUAGAGGCAAACUAAUCGCAGAAGCCACAAAACACAAAAACCUACAACUAAAGGAACUCAAGGCCCAUUUACUUUCCCUUAGGACCCUUGAUGCUCAACAUAAGCAACACCCCACCCCAACACUAUCAGCCCAAAUAAAAACCCACCAACAAGCCAUCAAAUCAUACAUGACCAAAGACUCACUAAAAGCCCUCCAGUGGAGUAAACAACUCUUUUAUGAGAAAUCAAAUAAGGCAGACACCCUCCUAGCCCGCAAACUCCGCCAAAAAUCACAAACUAAACGGAUUAUCCCCGGGGGGGCAACACUCACAUAGCAUCAAGACCCCAACCACAUAGCAUCAAUAUUCUCCAACUACUUUAGAUUACUCUAUGACAACAAUCCGGACCCCUCUCCAACCCUGAAACAAGACAUCGAACUGUACCUCCAAAACAACCCCCUCCCAUCCCUAACAGACACCGCAAUAGCAACACUGUCAGCCCCCUUCACGACAGAAGAAAUCGCCAACACAUUAAAAACAAUCAAACCAAACAAAUGCCCCGGACCAGACGGCUUCACAGGCCUAUACUAUAAGACAUACGCGAAUGCUCUCAUACCCCAUCUCACAGCUUUAGGGAACUCAAUACUAAAGGGGGACCCACUCCCAAAGGAGAUGCUCAAAACAAACAUCUGCCUUAUACCGAAACCCGACAAAACACAUCUAGACCCCGGCCACUACCGACCCUUAUCGCUACUUAACGUGGACACAAAGAUAAUCACCAAAACUUUAGCUAACUGAAUACAACCCCUCCUCCCAAAACUAAUACACCCCGACCAGGUGGGCUUCAUACCCACCAGACAAGCAGGGGAUAACACAAGACGUAUGAUAGAUCUAAUAUGGGUGGCCCAAAGUGGGAAAAGUGGGAAAAUCCCAACCCUUCUUUUAUCAAUGGAUGCAUAAAAGGCCUUUGAUCGCCUACUAUGGCCACCCUCCAAAAAUUCAAAUUCCCACCACCCAUUCUUCAAGCCUUACAGACCCUUUACGCCCAACCAACGGCCACACUCCUCAUACCAAAUGCCAAACAUCCAGAAUUCAUGAUUAAAAAUGGGACGAGACAGGGCUGCCUGCUCUCCCCACUCCUAUUCGCCCUAUCACUCGAACCCCUCCUCCAAAACAUAAGUAGGGAACAAGAAAUCCAAGGUAUCAAGGUCAGGAACGAAGAAUAGCAGCCUAUGCGGACGACAUAAUCACGGACCUUACUCAAUCCCUCCCACCCUUACUGACACUCCUACAAAAAUACGCAACCCUAUCGGGAUACAAACUAAACCUAGGGGAAAAAAAAGGAAGCCCUCCCGAUAGGGAUACCACAACCAACUCUCGAACACAUAAAACUGACCCACCCAUUUAGAUACAACUUGCAAAGCAUUCACUAUCUAGGUACGCACCUCCCAGCAGACCUCGAUAAAACCUACGCCCUGAACUACACCCCACUACUCCGCCAAGCACACCUAGACCUACAAACAUGGGGCCCCAUGUCCAUAUCAUGGCUGGGGCGUAUAGCCUCCAUAAAAAUCUACUCCCGCGAUUCCUAUACUUAUUUCAAACUCUACCCAUACCCAUAUCUAAACACGAUUUCAAAACACUCCAAACUAACAUUGACAAAUUAAUUUGGUCCAACAAAAGGCCACGUAUCAAAAGAACCACAAUGUAUAAAACCACCAGAACCGGAGGCCUAGGCCUCCCAAACUUCUACCACUACUAGCAGGUGGCCCAACUAGCCCAGAUACAGAACCUACAUGCACAACUGGGGCUCAAAUUAUGGGUGGACCUGGAACAUGACCUCCUGGGAUGAGACCACCCCUCACUACUCUUUUGGGUGCCCAAGAAAGACAGACCACCAACUCCGCAAACCACCCCAGCCCUAACGACAUCCUUUCACAUCUGGUACACCACAAUCUCUAAGAACCCCAUAAUUAACAAACCAUCACCUCUCACACCCAUUCUGAGAAACAAUCAAUUCCCCCCAGGCCUCUCGCCUCGAGAUUUCGCGAGAUAUGAGGACAACGAGUUAUACAGAUUCCUCCACUUCUUCCAAGGCCAACAAUUCCGACCCUUCCAAGACCUGCCCAACCAGACCCCACUAAACACAUUUGACUACUUUCAAUACCUUCAAAUAUGCAGCUUCCUCAAUGAACCACACAACAAAGCAGCUGCCACCGCUAGGCCAAUCCAAUUCGAAAAAACAUGCCUGCACGCACCCAUACAAAAGGGACAAAUCUCUACCAUAUACCUCCUCCUAAACGCUAACUCCCCGGAAGACACCCUCACAUACACAAAGGCGUGAGAAAAAGACAUAGGCCCCCCAGAGGACCCAUCAGAUUGGUCAGACAUAUGGGAGGCUACGGCCUCACUCACCAUAUGUGUGAACCACAAGGAGCAGGCAUACAAAACCCUACUCAGGUGGUACCUAACACCCCUGAGAAUGAGACAAAUGGGCAGGGCAACCACGGACUCAUGCUGGAAGGGAUGUGAGCAAAAGGGAAUGCCCACAGACCUCACAAAUAUGGGAAAAGGUGACCACAUUAGCAUCUAGCAUACUUAAUAUGGACAUACCCAAGGACCCCUCGGUGUGGCUACUCUCCAAACCACACACCCCCCUUACCAGAGCCCAAAACAAACUGAUAGCAAGAAUGGCACUAGAAACUAGACGCACGAUAGCGGAACAAUGGGGAAACCAAACCACACCCCAACUAGCCACUAUGAUCAGGAAAAUGAAUGAAGCCAUGGAAAUGGACAAACUAUCAGCACUGCUACAUGACACGACACAACACUACCAUAAGAUAUGGGACCCAUGGAUCCAACACCCCCUACAGCUUAACUAAAAGGAGGAACGGAGAACUGUGAAAAUCCCCCCAACCAAACUCCUCCCCCCCCCCAAAAUCAAUAAACGACUGAAAAAAUACAUAGCGAAUAGCCCUGACUGGCUAUUUAUUGGUGAGGUUUUUUCUAUGUGGCACGUCCAGUAUUCAACUACUGUCACUGUGUGCUAUACCCAUGCAAAGAAAUAGCCAGAGAGAGGUUGGUACAGAAAGGAAUAGGAUGAUUUUCCCACAGACACAUACUAAGUGGUGAAGAGGUUCAGGGGAGAGAUACAUCUUGGGUGACAGGCAGCAGAGGUGCACAGAGCGACCCCCACCAAUCAGAAUAUGGCUGUAGUGGAUACCUGCUCUAUGGCUGUUGUAUGUGGCUUCAGAGUGGUGCAGCGAGGGAGCUAAUGGGAUCUAUCUGAUUACCUAACUCAUUUGCGCUCUCUGUAUUGAUACUGGAGCCAGGAUGAGAUGUCACCCCAGGCCCGGCACCAGUACACCACUAGGAGCUGGGCUGUCAUUGACAAGAGAUCCUAGCAGCUCCCCACUGAACCACAGAGAUGAGGUUGAUUCCAGCUCUUUCUUACAAGGUAAUAAGAUAGCGGCUGGGUAGACCUCAUUGCCUAAUUCUCAAUUCUAAUCCCAACUCUAAUCCUAACCUAAUCCUUACCCUAAUGCCAACUCUAAUCCUAGCCCAUAAUCUAUGUCUAAUCUUAACCCUAAUCAUAUCACUACUGUUAGGAUUAGGAUUAGCAAGGAAUUUGAUGUCAGAAUAAAGAAUAUCUUGCUGAUUUCAACAAAGGUAAUCUCUUGCUGAUUUCAGAAAAACUCUUGCUGACAUCCCUUGUCGAUAUCAGCAUAUUGUAUCCCUUAGAGUGCAGAGCUUGGCUUUGUGUUUACAUUUGCAGAAGGAGAGGUAUUAUUUCCAUCUCUGUUGCUAAAUUACAUUAUGACAAGUUGUUGCAAUCUGAUUUAAAUUCCCCCUUUAGACACGUUCCAACACUGUGAUCAGCGCUGUGCAUAGAACAGUCUUGAUCACCCUCUACAAAUGGUGAUUGCUCUGCAUGGGGCUUACAAAAAGAACACAUUAGGUUCUCCUCAGACCCCUCAUGUCUAAAUUAGCUGUGGCCGCCACCCCGAUGGGAAAAGGGGUCCCGCUGCUAGAGACGUUCUUUGCCCCUAGUGGGAGGAAUGCUGUAAAGCAGAGCAGUAUCAGCUCUUACAAGAGCUAGUGAUUAAGCACUCCAAGCAGAAGGGAGACAGGGGUUAAUGAGUGGCACACUCCUCAUACAGGUGGACCGGUUGUUUGGUAGUUCAUUCGGUAGGGGAAUAGAAUAAAAUACAAAACAAAGGUGAAUGAAAUGUCCAGAGCACAUAGGCAAAUGAAAUAAAGGGAUUGUAAUUCCAGGGACAGGGUGAACCGUCACAGCACUACCCCCUUGUGGUACACUCCGGCAGACCCGGUUUGACCCUUUUCAGGUCAACUUGGGGAUGUCCGGACUUAGGUUAGGUGCUGAGUUCCAUCUGUCGGGACAACACGUCAUCGUUGCCAUUCUGCUUCCCGGGCUGAUAGUGGAUUGUAAAGUUGUAGGGCUGUAGUGCCAAGCUCCACCAUAGUAAUCGGUCAUUGUCUCUUGCAACCCGGUUCAGUCACACCAACGGGCUGUGAUCGGUGACCAAUGUAUUUUCCCGUCCAUACAAAUAAGGGGUCAGUUUUUUCAAUGCCCACACCAAGGCUAAACAUUAUUUUUCCACUGUCACGUAGCUCACCUCAAAAGGAUAUUGAUACUUUAGAGAGAGUUCAGAGAAGGGCUACUAAACUGGUUCAUUGAUUGCAGGAUAAAACUUACAAGAAGGUUAAAGGAACUUAACAUGUAUAGCUUGGAGGAAAGACGAGACAGGGGGGAUAUGAUAGAAACAUUUAAAUACAUAAAGGGAAUCAACACAGUAAAGGAGGAGACUAUAUUUAAAAGAAGAAAAACUACCACAACAAGAGGACAUAGUCUUAAAUUAGAGGGGCAAAGGUUUAAAAAUAAUAUCUGGAAGUAUUACAUUCCUGUGGAUUGUCCUUCACCAUCCUAGCCAACUGCUCCAUGCGGUCCCUGAGUUUCAGUACAUAUGGCACAAUGUUAGGUUUCACGUUCCCAGUGUUCCCUAAUGAGAUCAAGGGUCCUCGCACCCUUGUCCCAUAGAGCAUCUCGAAAGGGGAAAACCCAGUAGAUUCCUGUGGCACCUCUCUCUAAGCAAACAAGAGGUGAGGCAGGAACCUCUCCCAGUCUCUGCAAGCCUCAGUAAAGGUCCUCAGCAUCUGCUUGAGGGUACAGUUGAAUCACACACAGUUAGUCUGUGGUAAAGUGAGCUAAGUAUGGGCUUAAUACCACAAACCUUCCACAGCUGUUGGGUUAGAUUUGCGGUGAACUGUGUUCCCUGAUCUGAGAUGAUAUCCUUGGGAAACCCUACUCUAGCGAAUAUCUGAACUAGAGCCCCAGCAACAGUCGCUGCAUGGAUAUUCGAAAGAGCAAUCGCUUCAGGGUAGCGGGUAGCGUAGUCCACCACGGUAAGGAUGUACUUCUUACCGGAUGGACUAGGUCUAGCCAGGGACCCCACUAGGUCGACUGCUAUCCUGCAAAAAGGCUUCUCAAUAAUGGGCAUGGAUAACAGUUGAGCUUUAGGGUGGUCACCCUCUUUCCGUACCCGCUGACAAAUGCCACAGGUUUUGCAAUAUUGUCGCAUGUCCCCAGAGAUUCCUGGCCAAAAAAAGUUCUAGGUCACUCUAUGGGCUGUGCGGCGUACUCCCAAAAUCCUGCCACGGGUAUGUCAUGCCCAAUCCUGAGAAGCUCAAACCGGUACUUCAUGGGAAUUACCAGUUGGCGCUUCUGGGAUGGGGCCGCCCCUUCACUGUGAAUCUUUGUGAGUCUGUAUAGCCUAUCCUGUUCCCAGGUAAACCACUUACCCCCUAGUCCCCCUUGCUCAGUAUCUGCUUUGUCUCGAUACUUAUGUAACGUGGGAUCCUCCUGGGUUUCCCUCCCAAACUCCUCUGGGGUGAGUCUAGGGUCACAGUCGGGGUUUAGUCUCUUACCUGGGUCUCUCUGGCCUGUGAUUUGGCUUCCACAUUCCUCGCUUGCAGGCAGGUGGUGACAGGAUGGACUUCAGCAGGUUUGCUGGGGAUGUAGGCAGACGUUAGGGGACCCAAGUCAUUCCCCAAUAGGCCCCAAGUCCUUCCUAACUUCCACGUUCACUGUGCUGGAUCCAGCUCCGCACUCUAGAUGAAUGCGGGCAGUAGGCAGAUGGUACACAGCUCCCCCAGCUACUCGGACGGUCACGGUUUGUCCGGUGUGUCCUUUGUCUUUUACCAGGUGGCGUUGGACCAAGGUCAAGGUAGCUCCAGUGUCUCUUAAUCCAUGGGCCGCUUGCCCGUCUUCCAGCACAAUUUGCCGGUGGUGUUGUUGGUUGUCCUGGGUGGCUGCUUGCACUGGAUCCGCCUCAUGCAGUACUCCCCAAUAUUCCUCGGUUUCCAGGCAAUGAGUAGCUGGAGUUGGGGUCCGGGAUCGUGCAUUGCUGGGGCGGUUACAAGUAGGUCUGGGGGGCUCCAGAGGACAAUUUCUCUGUACACCUGAAACAACGCACCCUGUUCCUGGGUGGGGCGGGUUGCUGUCUAGUUGGGCUCUGGUUGGGUGCAGGGCCUGGGGACACCAGAGCCUGGAAUUUGGGGAGAGGAGGAGAAAGUCUUACCGGGGCGUGCUCUGCUUUCCUUGAGUCAGUGUACUCGUCGGCCAGACAAGCUGCUUCAGGCAAGGUGAGGGGUCUCCGUUCCCGAAUCCAUUCCCAUAGCUCUGACUGCAGGGCAUUGUAAAAAUUUGCCAGGAGAAACAGUUGUAACACAUCCUCUCCCGAUACAACUUGACAACCAGUAAUCCAGUUGGAUGCAGUUCUGUGGAGACGACAGGCCCACUCGGUGUAGGAAUCCCCACUGUGCUUUCUGGAUUCCCGGAACCGUCUCCAGUACGCCUCGGGGAUGACUGUGUACCAGGCAAGCAAGGCCUCUUUCUUGUCAUCGGGUAUAGCUCUAAAGGCUUCGGCACCUUUACCUGAUACCUAGUGACUCAUUCGUCUGUAGGUACCUUGUGUAAAUCACAUUGUCUUUCGGUCCAUUUCUAGCAGUUCGGCCAGUAAUGAACUUUUCGGACGGUUGUUUGCCGUUCGGCCGCGGUUCUCUAACAAAUCAUUCAGUGUCGACCGCUUCAAUCCUUCGUAGCGAUUCUUCAUCUGCUUAUUCCAUUCUCGGAUCCAGAUGCAGCAUCUUGUCUAGGGGAAAAUAACCAUCCCUCCACUGCCACCAGAUGUGGCGACCACCCCAAUGUUCUUUUCCCCCUAGUGAGAGGGAUGCCGUAAAUCAGAGCAGGAACAGCUCUUACAAGGGCUAGUGAUUAAGCACUCCAAGUAGAAGGGAGACAGGGGUUAAGGAGAGGCACACUCCUCAUACGGGUGGUCUGGUUGUUCGGUAGUUCAUUCGGUAGGGGAAUAGAAUAAAAUACAAAAUGAAGGUGAAUGAAACGUCCUGAACACAUAGGCGAAUGAAAUAAAGGGAUUGUAAUUCCAGGGACAGGGUGAACCGUUACAUUAGCUAUGGCAAUAAAAAGGUUGUACGCAGUUCUCACAUUGACUGUUGCAUACAGAUCAUGCAAUACAGAUCUAUCAGUCUAACCUACAGCCUUAGAUAAAUAACCUGUGAUGUUUAUACACAUAUACAUACAUACACAUAAAUACACAUAAACUGUUUAAGUGUAUUUCAGUAUUAAUAUACAUAUAUAUAUAUAAUUAUAUAUCUAUAUUAAUAUCAAAAUACAUGUAGAAUAAUAUUGAUUAAAUAUAUAUAUAAUUGUUAUUAUAUAUUUAUAUAUACUAUAAAAUAAAUAAAUAUGUAAAUAUGUAAAAAAAAAAAAUAAUACAGAAUAAAUAGAUAAAAAAUACAUAUAUGUGUAAUUUUGUUCUAACUUUAUCUUAAAAUAAAUAUAUAUACAGUUGCAAGAAAAAGUAUGUGAACACUUUGGAAUGAUAUGGAUUUCUGCACAAAUUGGUCAAAAAAUGUGAUCUGAUCAUCAUCUAAGUCACAACAAUAUACAAUCACAGUCUGCUUAAACAAAUAACACACAAAGAAUGAAAUGUUGCCAUGUUUUUAUUGAACACACCAUGUAAACAUUCACAGUGCAGGUGGAAAAAGUAUGUGAACCCCUAGAUUAAUGACAUCUCCAAGAGCUAAUUGGAGUGAGAUGUCAGACAACUGGAGUCCAAUCAAUGAAAUGAGAUUGGAGGUGUUGGUUAUAGCUGCUCUGCCCUAUAAAAAAACACAUACACAUACCAGUUCUGGAUUUGCUUUUCACUAGAAGCAUUGCCUGAUGUGAAUGAUGCCUCGCACAAAAGAGCUCUCAGAAGACCGACGAUUAAGAAUUGUUGACUUGCAUUAAGCUGGAAAGGGUUAUAAAAGUAUUUCCAAAAGCAUUGCUGUUCAUCAGUCCAUGGUAAGACAAAUUGUCUAUAAAUGGAGAAAGUUCGGCACUGCUUCUACUCUCCCUAGGAGUGGGGCUGCUUUGCUGCGUCAGGGCCUGGACGGAUUGCUAUCAUCGAAGGAAAAAUGAAUUCCCAAGUUUAUCAAGACAUUUUGCAGGACAACUUAAGGCCUCUGUCUACCAGCUGAAGCUCAACAGAAGAUGGGUGUUGCAACAGGACAAUGACCCAAAGCAUAGAAGUAAAUCAACAACAGAAUGGCUUAAACAGAAGAAAAUACGCCUUCUGAAGUGGCCCAGUCAGAGUACUGACCUCAACCCGAUUGAGAUGCUGUGGCAUAACCUCAAGAAAGCAAUUCACACCAGACAUCCCAAAAAUAUUGCUGAACUGAAAUAGUUCUGUAAAGAGGAAUGGUCAAGAAUUACUCCUGACCGUUGUGCACAUCUGAUCUGCAACUACAGGAAACGUUUGGUUGAAGUUAUUGCUGCCAAAGGAGGUUCAACCAGUUAUUAAAUCCAAGGGUUCACAUACUUUUUCCACCUGCACUGUGAAUGUGCCCCCAUGAUGGCAUACCAUUUGCAAUAGUAGACAACCCAAGGUAUUACAAAUGGGGUAUGUCCAGUCUUUUUUAUUAGCCACUUAGUCACAAUCACUGGCCAGAAUUCUUCUUUCUCACAUUUUCUUAUAUUUUAUUCAUAUUAAAUUAUGUUUCAUUCCUAAAUAUUUGAUGUUAAAUAAAAAAGCCCUGUUUACCCUGAAUAAAAUGAUAUAUAAUAAGUGUUGGUGCACAUAAUAUGAAAGAGGCGAAUUACGCAUGAAAAGACAUAUAGCGCAAAUUCAACUUUUUGUUUUUACGUUUUGUUUUGAUCACAACAUGUACAUUUAGCUCAGUCCUCAAGGGGUUAAAAGAAGAAAAACUACCACAACAAGAGGAUAUAGUCUUAAAUUAGGUGCAAAGUUUUAAAAAUAAUAUCAGAAAGUAUUGCUUUACUGAAACAGUUGUGGAUACAUGGAAUAGCCUUCCAGCUAAAGUGGUAGAGGUUAACACAGGGAAGAAGUUUAAGCAUGAGUGUGAUAGGCAUAAGGCUAUCCUAGAUAUAAGAUAAGGCCAGGGACUAAUGAGAGUAUUUAUAAAAUUAGGCAGACUAGAUGGGCUGAAUGGUUCUUAUCUGCCGUCACAUUCUAUGUUUUUAUGGAUCUAGGUGCUGCAGUUUGUGUAUAUGUUUAUAGAGGUUGCAAUGUGUGUGUAUUAGGAGCUGUACUGUAGGGAUGUGUGUAUAGGGACUGCAGUGUUUGUGCAUAUGGGUAUAGUAUGCAUGAGUUUCUAGAGGGUACAGUGUAUAAAUAGGGGGAGACGUGUAUUUUUAUAAGGGUAUAGUGUAUAUAGGAGGUAUGAGGGUGUAACAUAUGUGUAUAGGAGGUGUAGUAUGUGUGUAGUAGAGAUAGUAAGAGUGAAAAGAGUGCGUAGAGGUAUAGUAUAUGUGUAUAGGGGGUUCACUGUGUGUAUGGGGCAGGCCAGGCAACCUUUGGCACUUCAGAUGUUGUGGACUAUAUCUCCCAUGAUUCUUUGCUAACAUUAUGGCUGUAAGAGUAUUAUGGGAGAUGUAGUCCAUAACAUCUGGAGUGCCGAAGGUCGCCUACCCCUGAUUGAGCACAUAUAUGGGGUACAGUGUGUAAACAGGAUAUUGAGUGCAUAAGGGGAUUUAGAGUGAGUACAAAAAUAUAAUAAAUGUGUAUAGUGUGUGUAGGAGGGUGUAUUUUAUAGUGGGUCAUAGUGUGUAUUACUUUAUUAAAAUCAUAAUUUAUAAAUAAUGUAUUAGUUCAUUGAAUUAGUUUUAAAAAAAGGAAAAAAGUAACAACAUUCGCCCUGCUGGACCAUCAGGGAUCGGAAUGUCCCCGCUCACUGCAAGGUAAUAACAGGAAGGGGAGCUUCCAGUUAAUACCUUGCUGUGAGCAGGGACAUUCCGGGUCCCUGGUGGCCUAGCAGGCCGGGGUGCAGACCAUGAAUAACUCUCUGCCUCAUGAACUCCGGCACUUACAAUGUCAGAUUGGUCAGGGCUUGACCGGAGACAGUUAGUCAUGAUCUGCACCCAGUGGAGGUACAGACAAGAAGAUGCUGGACCGUCUCCCUCAUGGCAUUAGAGUGUAGUCUGGGGCUAAAAUGCAAUUAUGUGAACAUGCUACUCUUCCCAACCUGCACAUUAUUCCUUUAAUUUUUUUAAUGUCUUUGUUGCAGUCCUGGCAAAUAUCCUUUUCAGUCAUUUUAUUUAAAAUGUAAUUCUGUCAAAUAUGUCAGAUCCUGAAGCUUUUCCCUGAUCUUUUCUUAUUGUAUUCAUUUAAAAAUCCAAACAAGGCUGUCAGAAACUGUACCCUAAACAAAAUCUGACUACCAAGCACACUAAAAACCGCUCCUCCCAAGAAUUGGAGUUAAAGAUGUGGGACAGGCAGGUGUGAAGGCCAGAAGUGGGUGUUGACAAUGGAUGAAUCUGUCUGUGAAGUGUGCUGGCUUGUCAGAUAAAGUGGUGUGUCAUCAUGCCAUGUGUGCACAAGUGGCUGGUCUCACCACCACAUGCACCAUGUGCAGAAUGCUCCGGAAGUGCUCUGCCCAUGGUCUUAUUUCCCUGAGGAUACUCAGGCACUCUUGCCAGCAUAACUCGGGACCAGUUGGAAAAUGCUCCAGGAGUGCUCUGCUCAUGAGUUUACGCUUUAGCGCAAGCACAUUUAAUAAUACCCCCGUGCUGCUCUGAUUUGCGAUAUUCCUUGGUGUACCAACAUGUGGGUGCCCUUGAUGGUAAAGGCAGGCACAGUUUUGGAGCGAAGUUAAUCUCGAUCUGCCUUUUUUUUCCAACCCUUUUUUGUUUUUUAUAGAACAAUGCCCUAUUGGCAUUAUGUUAUCAGUCCACCAAAAAAAAAAAAAAGAAACACUCAAAGAGUGCUUUUAAGUAAAGUUUUACUUACCUUAAUCCAGCGCCAGACAAAGCUCAUAGAGAAGUCUUUGAUUGGAGUUUUAAUGGGCUCAGACUGCUUGCCUGCACUCUGAGCCCGCAAGGGGAGUGGAAAAUGCGCACUCAGAACGGGAAGACGCGCAAAAUUUGGAUAUAUAAACAACCGGAAUACAGAAGAGUAUUAAGCUCUUGAGAAAGUUAAAAAAAAAACGAAACGCGUCAGCAGCAGCUGUUCCCAAAGGAGUGACUUAGCCCUUACCUCUACUACAGGACGUUAUAUGGACCUUCCUCUAAAAACUGGACAUCUGGAUAUAUGAGGAAAUGUAACUGUUGUAACCAAGAUGUACCAAAGGCUGCACCAGGGAACUUAGCCCACUUAGUGGCAUAUAAGCGUUUUUGCACAAUUUAGGAAUAUUUCUAAUUGUGCCAUGUUUGUUGUGAGUGUGAUUUUAACUUCUUUAUGCUGUUACUGUUGUUAAUAAAUUACUAUACUAUGAUUAUAUUUUUUUUCUUCCCUAUCUUUUAUAUACAUUUUAUAUAUUGUUCACUUUGGUAUAGGGGGAUUUGGGGAGUGAUCCUUAUAUAGAGGCUUGCCUGCACGUUCUGUUGCACUGCUCUCAGUAUACCUGUUCAGUUUUUCUUUGUUACAAAGGAUUCAGACUAAGGAACUGCAGAUUUUGCAAGCUGCUUUUAAUUAUCAUCCCAAUAAAAAUGCAUAAAUUAAUGCAUGUAUUCAUUGGGGGUAUAUCUACUAAAUCAUGAUUUUUGUUUUUUGGAGUAUGGUGGUCAGUGGAGUAAAUCAGAAAAAAUCAGAAAUCUAAUUUCAGUAUGUGUUUCAUUAUAGAUCACUAGAAUGUGCAUAUCUUAAAUCUGUCUAGAUUCUUAAGACAACAUUUGCAUAAAUUUGUAUUGUUUAUUCACAGGUGCCAAUAACAAGACAAGAAAAUGAAUUAUUUACUGCCAUUUUCUCUUACUCUGUUUGGUACGUAUCAAAACAGUCAUUCCACACAGUAUUAUAUACAUGCAAGAGUAUUAAUACAUUUUUAUAUAAAUGUUCAUAUGUGCAUCAUAUAUACAGCAAGACAGUGAAGAAAAAAUGAUUAAAAUUAGUCAUUUAUUAAGUAGUCUGGAAAAAGUAUAAAUUCCUUUGGUAACCCUUCUUCAGGACAGGUGCAAUUAUUUUUGGCUACACAGGUGAAGAUACAUUUUCCAACCCACCUCCCAAAAGAAAUGCAUCUUUACCUGUGUGUCUCUUAAUCCUCCUCUUGAAUUUCUUACCCUUUUUGUGUUUCUAAUCCCUUGUUUUCAAUGUAUUUCCCCUUUAGUGUAUCUUAUCUUUAAUGUAUCUGUGUCUAACACCGAUCAGGUAUAUUUUAUGACUCUAUUUUUCCCUUUGUGUAUCUUACACCCCCCUGGUAUAUUUUAUCCUUCAGUUGCCCCUUGUGUAUCUUACAAACCUUCUUGUGUUCCCCAGCCGCUUUUGUGAGUCUUAUCCUCAGCCUCUAAGGCAACAAGUGCAUCCAUAACAGCAACAAUAAUGCAGAGUCAGCACAAUCAUAAGGACAGGCCCGUCGCUACCUGGCAGGCAAACCAAGCAAUUGCUUGGGGCCCCCGAGCUGGCACGGGGUCCCCAAGCAGAGCAAGUGCUUCCUAUAAGGCUGCAGCCGCCUGAGCGCUCUAUAGAGAGCCUCAGACGGCUGCAACACUCCUCUCUCGUCACCUCCCCUUCCCUGUAGCGUGGCAGAGCUUCUCUUCCUCCUGGCUGUCAGCCUGCCGGGUACCGCGAGGUACAGGAGAUUCAGUUUCCUGUUCCCAGCCGGACUGAAAGGAAGUGAGCACUCAGUGUGCACUUCCUGUCAGAAAAAACACACAGAAUAGAUAAAGAGUAAAAGAACCCUCUCCAUUCCGUGAGAUAGUAGUGCAGCGCUGUAUAAUAACAUUUAGAAACUCACCCUAUUGAAAUCUGUUGGGUGGUUCAGCUCGGUUUUACAUAUAUACAAAGAAAAACACAAAUGGAGACUAUAUAGUGCAGAGUUGUUGUGGAAAAUAAAUGAAAUUUUCUGUAAAGUAACAAACUCACAUGCUAAUGAGCCUUUUCAAGAAUAGGCUCCAAACUCUUCAGCAAGUAUGUUUAGGAUAACAUACAACCCCCUUUUAAAUCUUCUCAAAAUGUACCUUCCGAUGUAUGGCAGAGAAAAGGGAAACACAAAGCGAUACACACUCUAAGUGAGAUAUGUAAGCACAAGACGGACUGUUUAAAAAUACAGAAUGUGCUCACCUGGCUCAGAGCCUUCCAAACUGGCUCUGAGUAUAUAGAUUUGCGUCAAAUACAGGGUGACAGCUCACUUUAGAACCAAGGCAACACUGGAAACUGGAUCCACUCAUUGUAAAAAUGCACAAAAAGUGAUUGUUUAAUGUAAGGUAAGAAAUAAAAUAAAUACAAUAUAAAAUACAAUAUAUAAAAAAAGUGUGGAUCCUCCGAAACACGUUUCACCUAUCCUGUAGGCUUUUUCAAUCGGCAGGUUAAGAUACAUUUUGCCACCCAACUCCCAAAAGAAAUGCAUCUUUACCUGUGUGUCUCUUAAUCCUCCUCUUGAAUUUCUUACCCUUUUUGUGUUUAUAAUCCCUAGUUUUCAAUGUAUUUCCCCUUUAGUGUAUCUUAUCUUUAGUGUAUCUGUGUCUAACACUGCUCAGGUAUAUUUUAUGACUCUAUUUUUCCCUUUGUGUAUCUUACACCCCCCUUGUAUAUUUUAUCCUUCAGUCCCCCCCCCUUGUGUAUCAUACAACCCUUCUUUGUGUUUCUCUUAUGUUCCCCCAGCCCUUUUUGUGAGUCUUAUCCUCAGCCUCUAAGGCAACAAGUGCAUCCAUAACAGCAACAAUAAUGCAGAGUCAGCACAAUCAUAAGGCCAGGCCCAUCGCUACCUGGCAAGCAAACCAAGCAAUUGCUUGGGGCCCCGAGCUGGCCCUGGGCUCCAAACAGAGCCGGUGCUUCCUAUAUGGCUGCAGCCGCCUGAGCACUCUAUAGAGAGCCUCAGGCAGCUGCAACACUCCUCUCUCGUCACCUUCCCUUUCCUGUAGCGUGGCCGAGCUCCUCUUCCUCCUGACUGUCAGUCUGGCCGGGUACCGCGCGGUACAGGAGAUUCAGUUUCCUGUUCCCGGCCGAACUGAAAGGAAUUGAGCACUCAGUGUGCACUUCCUGUCAGUCCGGCCGGGAACAGGAAACUGAAUCUCCUGUUACUGCGCGGUACCCGGCCGGACUGACAGCCAGGAGGAAGAGGAGGUCGGCCACACUACAGGGAAGGGGAGGUGAGAAGAACAUGUGGGGGAGUAAAAAAACAUAGGGAGGGGGAGUAAAAAAAACAUAGGAGGAGUAAAAAAAACUCCACUGCUGUUGUAUACCUUUAGCAUCCUCUAAGUGAUUGCAGCCCGGUGUGUGUUACUGGCGAGGGAAGCAGCCGAUCUCUUGAUCGGGACUGCUCAGGCUAUUCUACUAAACACGCAGCCCCCUACUUCCCUAUUCCCCAGGCUGGUGGGGGUUAUCCCAGUCCCCACCAAGCAGUGUAUACUCACAUUCCAGAUGCCCCUGGGUGAAUCUAGCACGGAUGAAUCCCGCGUGGCCUGUAUAAAAUGGCCAACGUCAGCAUUUCCAUAAAGCAAGCUACACAGUAUAUGGCUCGAAGCUGGGAGGAGAGGUUCCACAGAGAGUUUGAUGGCAUCUGUCAGAGGUUUUGGCGGAACAUGGAGAGGAGACAAUCUGCGCUGACAGCUACUUCAGUUGAACCUGCUUGCACACUGUGACAGAUCCCUCUGUCUUGGACUUACAUGGAACUACUAUUCAUUCGUUUGUUUGGUUCGUGCUUUUCCCCGUUUGUGUGGACUCUAUAUGCUUCCCUGAAACUACCGAACAAACUCCCGAACGGCCGGCCACCCAGUAGAGAAGCGUGCUGCUGGUUAACCUCUUGGCCCCAUUAGAACGUUGAGGUUAACCGCAGACACCCCUUAAUUGGUGACUGCAGGGGGGUGUCCGCCAUUCGUAUCCCGAACACAAGGUCACGGCCAUUUUAAAAUCCACGAACGCUCAGCGGUGUUCGACGACAAACUCAUGGAACUCAAAACGGACACUAUUUGGCACGAACACCGCUGAAGCCACCGACCUCCCUUCUCCUUCGGUAAAGACUCACGAACGUCCCUGUGUUUAGUACUUUGCUCACAAAUAAGCCAUACCCCAGAUAGCCAUCCCGUGGAGCCCAUUCGUAUGAAAAACAGACUUUGUGAACACUUUGACUGCACGGCGAUUGGACUGUGUGUAUAGGAUCUGAGCGCUAUUCGGUACUUUUGUGCGCUCAGAUCCCAGCUAUCUGGGUACCCGUUGAAUGCCUGUGUUAUGUCCCAUUACUGGGAAGUUAUGUAUUUUUAAGCACAUUUGCAAUUGUCACUUAAAAUGGCGUUUAGUCUUUGACCAGGGAGAUAAUUUAAUUAUUUCACAAUUAUCUCCCGAGCAGAGCAGAGGGUCUUGGGUAACUAAAGGGAAGGGCUAUGCGUGUAACACUCUGAUUGGUAAUUGUAAUGUCCUUGUCACAGUCUCCCAUUUGGUCCCCAUGGGGAGUGUCCACCAGGUGGGAGACUGUGGCAGGUAGCCCACAUUAAACCAGAUUCCUGCUGACCCUCAAUACGGAGCUUUGUCUCAUCAUUGGGGGGGAUUAUUCGUAUGGAUUGCGCUUGUUUGGCUGUUUGGAAGACUGAUGGUUCGUGUAAUUGCUGUUUGGCAGUUUGGAGCGCCUAGUAGCUACCUCUGCAUUCGGGAAGGGAACGUCCUACACGGCAGUAACCCCUUUCCUACCGGGGGAGCCGUAACACACACCUUUUCUCGCAAAAAUACCACUAGAAAGCCUGCCCACCGAACUCCCACUCGGAAGUCUGUCUGCAAGACUCCUGCGCUGAAGCCCCCUCCCGACCUCAUCAGGCCACAUACAGCCCAAGUGGACAAGAAGCUCUACGCUCUCGAGGACUGUGUCUGGGGGUGGAAGGAGGGCAUCGGAGCGAGCUGUGUAAUCCCUGGCAGACCCGAUAACCACAUGCACCUGCUUAGAUCUUGUCUGCUUGCCAAGGACAUCGGAUGAGCAGCCCUUGGAUCUGGGGCUGCCUGAUCCCCUAGUGCCUCUCCUAUCCUUCUAGGCUCUGAGCCUUUCUCUAACCUCGGAUUAACUGCGGUCUUACCCUAUUCCUCUCCUGUUCUGUCGCCUAUUAAAAAUGUCAUGACUACCACCUUGGGCCCAGUGAAAAAACUUUGGUGGCUUCACUGUCAUCUACUAAAUCUACCUGUGUAGUUAGAUCAAACAAUCUCAGCACUCUUACCCUACUUUGCACUAACUCAUCUGUUAGUAAUAACAUCUGUUUCCAUUAUGUCUUACUCUUGUGCUUUACACUAAUGUUCAGCAACCAACACUUGUCUAGACAGUUAACCCUCUGUAAGAUUUAUCUCAGUUUAAUAGAUAGACAUGUAUACCUUACUCGAGUUCUCUAUAUACCCAAAAAUUGUGCAAAUUUCGUAUGUCACAUCAUUGUUUCAAUAUGCAAUUGUCUCCUUAUUUAUUCUGAUACGCUUGCAAUGGAUGUUGUGGCAUUGCCUGCCUGUAUGUAAUACCUUUGCACAACAAAAAUAAACCAGACUCUUCUGGUAAAUUGUAUAACUCCAUAUAAAUAUUUUCAAAGGCUCUACCUAUUUGUCCUGGGGCCAGUAAAUAUUUAUCUUUAUCUAAAAUUUUAGAUAUAACUCUUGUUUUUUGCUUUUUUCAAUAUGUCAUUAGUGUCUCAGGUUUGUUGCCUUUAUAGUACCAUUUAUAUUGAAAAUAUUCUAACGUUCUAGCUUCUUUAUGAAUUAAAUGAACGUUUUUGUGUUUUUCUAUGUCUCAAUCUUACCUUACAAUGCCUCAUUCUGUCUCAAGUGAAAUUGCCACUAACUUUAACAGGUGUCCUCUCACUAAACUUUUAAAUGCACACCAUAAUUUAACGUCUGACAUCUUAAUUUGCAUUUUCUAAAACAUAUUUAUAAUUUUUUUCAAUUUUUUCUAUAUUUUUUUUUUUUGAGGAGUAUCAUCCAAUCUCUGGUCUUUUUGAAAAAGAUUAAACGCAUCUUUAUAAUUUAACAAAAUUGGACUGUGAUCUGACCGUGUUUUUUUUUUUUAAUUCUUUAUUUUCAUGCGAGCGUUAAACCUUCAUACGUGUAUUACCACAACAGUAGAAACACGCUUUUGGAAACAUUACAUAGUACUUACAAGGUAUGGAAAAGGUACAUUUUGCACACAUUUUUUGGUUAUUGUGGGCUGAUGCAUGCAGCUUGCAUGCAGCCAAGUGCCAAAGGGUGGGUGAAGUAUCUAGCGUCGAGCAGGAUUUCCUACUGUAGUAGCAGAGCCCCAGCUCUGUAUCCAGGGCUAGAGGUUGUAAGAGCACUUGAUGGCACCCUAUGCAUUUUUCUGGUGAGUUACAGGUCCAAACCUUGCAAUAAAUCUGCCUGGAAGCAAUCACAGUGAGUGCCUGAGAUUUGAAGAAGAAUGCCUACUCACCUGCAAGGAGAAAACAUCUCUUGAUACUGUACCUCACAGGAUAAUAAACAAAUCACACUGAAUAUUCAAACUAUCUGGGUCCUUGAUGAACAAAUAAUGCACCUACUUCAUAUCUUAUCUACCUAAAACUAAAAUAUGGUUGCCACACUGUUAACUCCUUUUUACCUGUUAAUACUUAUAAACUGCAAACCAGUGGGAAGACAAAUUUAAAAUUUUAGUUUUAAAAUGUGUUAACAUAAUAUUAUGUUAAAAACCUAAAAAACAAAAGGUCUUCACUAUUUGUUGGGGGAAUGAUAGGGGCUGUCGAGCUUUUUUUUACGGGUUUCACAUGUUUCACCUAUGGACAGUAGUGACUCCAGGUGUGUCAUGUUUUUAUGUAUGAAACCCAAAAUGCAGUACUUAUAGAUAUUAAAAUGAAAGCAAAGUCCAAGCACAACAAAGAAUUGAGACAAAUUGAUAUGGACUCAUGUAUUUCAGUCCUAGUUUCUUGUUUAGACAGGGCAACUUCAAGUGCUUGGCAGAUAACCAUACUUUUUCUUCUACAUGCUAUUUGGAAGUAGGACUGCAUCUCUUGUCGGCAUAGAGUUCAUACUUCUUCUGUGACUCUUGUAGGAUGAUUUCAGUGCAUGGAAAUUCCCUAUAGAGAUCACGGGUGAAUUGUUCGACUUCAGACAGGACUUAUGAUGGGUUAAUCAGGGAACAUGACUGGAUGAUUAUUAUUUUUUGGGGGGGGAAUUUAUAUAGCGCCAACUUAUUCCGCAGUGCUUUACAAUAUUAUAAAAGGGGAAAAUGUAACAAUAUAUUAGAUGGAGACCAAAUGUUACAGGAGAAGUAGGUUAAUGAAGACUCUCUGUUUAGACAAGCUUGUAGUCUAGAUGGGGUUGGUUUUCAAAAUACAAUAGGAAGGGCACUGACCAUAAUUGACGUAGAAAGGAGAAUUAUGAUGAGAACUGUGCAUGUGCAAAUUAUAAGCAAAUUCUGCUGCCAGUCAUUUAGUAAAUGAGUUGUAUAACAUUGUGGAUAUUGUUGAAGCGUCUGGCUCUUUCGGUCUGACCGUUCGUGUGGGGGUGGAAGGUAGUGGACAGUCAAAUUUGUACAAGUUUACAGAACAAUCUCAAAAAUUGGAACUGAAGGUCUCUAUCAGACAGAAUCAAGCUAGGUGCACCAUGCAAUUUGAACAUUUUUUUUGUAGAAAAUCACUGCUGUCUGUGUUCCUUUAUCUGCAAGGAAAUUAGCCAUUUUAAUCAAUCUGUCAACUACCAUCAUAAUAGUGGUAAUAUGGACUGUGAUCUGUGAACAGGGACAAGGCCUGGGAAGGGUUGUAAUAAACCAUCUGGACAAGUAGGAAGGUCUUUGGACCUGGAACAGACAGAGCAUUGUUCCACAUUAAGGGUCACCAAAAUGAUCGUUGUACCGAGUCAUAGGUCUGUCUCAUGCUUCUGUAACCAGAGAUCAAGGUAUCAUGGCACUCGAACAGGACUUCAUUGGGGGAGGAUUGGGUAUGGUGGUCUCUUGUGAAAGUCUUUGGAUUUUUUCCAAUAGAAGAGAAUGGGUUGCCAGUAAAUGUCCUUUGUGUAAUAUAGUUUUGGUUGGUUCAACUGUUGAAUUGAUUGGCCAGAGUAUAUGAGACAAAGCGUCAGCUUUCCCAAUUUUAGAACUUGGACAGUAUGUGAUGUGAAACUGGAAGCAGGGGGAGAAAGGUCUCAACUUGCUUGUCUUGGACAGAGUCUACAUUAUAAUCUGAAGUAUUCAAGUUUGCAGUGAUCAGUGUAUAUGGUGAUUGGAUUGGAGGCACUUUCCAAUAAGUAUUGGAGACAUUCUCCCAAAGCACUCUUGAUAGCUAGGAGUUCUUUAUCGCCUAUAUCUUAAUUAGCUUCAGCAGAACUUAAUCUCUUAGAGUAAAAGACAACAUGGUGUAGGUGGUCGUCGAUCUCGCCUCUCCGUGACAAUAUGGCUCCGGUGGCUACUUCAGAAGCAUCAACCUCCAUAAAAUAUGGUUUUAAAGGAACGCAUAGAGUGGGGGUAGGUGCGGAUUAGAUGCUUAAGUUCAUCGACCAUUGGAACGUGAUGUGGCUUUUAUUGAAAGUUGUCAAUGGAUGGACCACUCAUGUAACACAUCCUGUAGAAGCUAGCAAAAUGAAGAAAUCUUUGUAUUACCUUUUUGUUCACAGCUGUAGGCCAAUUCAUAUUUGCUUAAACUUUACAAGAAUCUAUAUCAAAGUGGCCAGGAGUCAGGACCUAGCACAAGAAUUCUAUCCGUGUGGUCUCAAAGAUGCAUUUUUCCAGUUUUUCGUGUAGGUGGUACUGAUGUAGUCUGCCAAGAAGUGUACAUAUAUGACGACGAUGGGUCUCUAUAUCAGGAGAGGAUAUCAGAAUAUCAUCCAGGUACAUCACUAUUUAUUGCUCAAGCAAGUUCCUGAAGAUAUCGUUAACAAAAUGUUGAAAGAUGGCGGGGACAUUACAUAGUCCAUAGGACAUGACCAGAUACUGAAAGUAACCAUACUUGGUUUUGAGUGCGUUUCUCUAUUCAUUCCCACUCUUAACAGGAGUAAGUUAAAGGGCCUCUCAUAGGUUGCAUUUGGUAUAUGCAGAUGCAGUUUUGAGUCUGAAUGGAACAGGUGCUCUGGGAAGCACAUCUAUGGGACAUAUGUCUGGUGUGGUGGUAGUGUGCCUACUCCUUUUUUGUCAAACACAUCACUGUAUUUCAUGUAAAGAUAAGGAAGAUAGAUUUCUGGACUGUGCUUAUUACCAUCUAAAAUAGUGUUGAUGUGUACUACCAGGAAGGACCUGGAUAGACACUUUUGUCCACAAUAAGGGGAAUGCAAAGGACACCGUUAAUCCCACAAAUAAGAGGGUUGUGUAUUUUCAACCAUGGCAACCCCAAAAUAAUGGGAAUUAAUGGAGAGGCUACCAGGUGAAACUGUAAAAUUCCUUCAUGACCAAUAGUUAGUGGACUUUGCCGGCACACCAUGUCUGGAUUGUAUGUAUUGUUUUCUCAUAAAAUGUCCAGGGUCUGCAUACACGGAGAAUACCUGGAAGAUAUGCAUCGCAAAUUCAGAGGUUCACAGAGUCUCUCCUGCAGGCUGCCUCUAAAGACUGCUAACUUCAGCACACCACAACAUGCACUUGUAAUGUCAGGGGAAUAGAAGAGCAUUGUGAUGUUAUGGGAUAUAAUUUCAAAGCUAGAACAAAAACCGUGGAACCACGUUUUCCCCAUUACGGCUAAAUUUUAACCUGGAUUCUAGAAAUGACUUCAAGGACAUGAGUCCUGUAUUUGUAAAUAAAUUCUAAGAGAAUGAAAUUAUUGAUUAAGAAGCUCCGUGUCCAAACCAAAAUUCCAUCAUUGACAAUAGUAUUCCAUAUUCUUGUGCAGGCAUCUGGAUCAUUUCCUCCAUGUAGGCUCAUGUUGGCUUCAAGACAAAUUUACAUAUCUCUGAUACUUGUUAUAGAGUAGGAGAACCACCAAGAAAAUAAUUUAGUUCUAUUUUUACAUUGUUGGUGGAACACUGGGUUACCAAGUAUAGGUUUCAUUAUUGAACUAUGGAUCGAAAGACCAUCUCUAUAGUUACACCUACACCAAAGUUUAUGUGUUUCAUCUGUAUUUGGCAACAUAUAUAGUAAAUAUAUUUUGUUCAUAUGGACCCAGGGUAGGGAUUGCAAGCACAAAGGCAGGCAAACUGAAUCCUCAGCCUCAACCCAACAAAUCUUCAACAAGUUCUACUUUAAUGCCUAUGCAAACAGAGCUGAUCUCUAGUAAAAAGAUGCACUAGGAACCCCCAAACCUUCAUGGUGUACAGCAAGAUAAAAGGAUAUGAGUGAGUAGUUAUAGGUAUAUAACUUGAACAUUAAUAGAAGAGUAAGACAAGAAACCUCUGAAUCUGUGUGUGUGUAGUGGCCUUUUAAUAUUUGAAAACUCUGAAAUUAUCUGGUAUAUACAAGGAAGUGAAACAUUUGCAUAAAUUACACAAAGUAGAAUAUUAUUCUUGAAUAGCUUGAUUUUAUAUUCUGAAGUGCCACAUAUUAUUCCUCUUACGUCACCAUUAUUUCUUUUAGUGCACACCAAAGGUUCAAUACAAAUUGCAAAUAGUGAUGAAGAUCAGGAGCAGCUUUGUCUCGUGUCAUUUCAUACUGGUAUAGGUGAAGAUAAGACUCCCAAGGUGAAAAACUUACCAAGGCUCUUGUCAGCCGAUGUAAAUCUGUCUGGGAGUCUGAUUUCUUUCAAAACCUCCCACAAAACCUUCCAAUCCACUCUAUCCAAUGCAUCUGCAUCUAAACCAAGAAUGAUUGGUUUCUCCUAUCAUUAAGAGAAGAAUCACAUUAUUAACGGAAAGACACUUCAAAUUGUGUCCAGCAGAAAACAAUUAGCUAAAAAGCCAACUGGAUCCUGGUGAACCAGAGAAGGAAGAAUGGGUCUCAGGCGGUAAGAUACAAUUGUAUCAAAAAUCUUCAUGUCUAGGUUAAUAAGAGUACUAUACUAAGAGCAAGUAGUACUAUCUUUGCCUUAUUUUGGCAAAGCUUCAAUGCUCUCUUCCAACAUCUCUUUUGGAAUCAAUACAUAGUUGAACAAUGUUAAAAGUCUAGGCACAAUCAGGUGACGGAAACAUUUAUAAAAAGUUAUCGUAAAGACAUUCAGAGCUUGGCUUUGUUUUUUUUAGAGUUUCAACAUGUUAAAUAACUCCUUCAUAGUUUCGUCAAAGGUGGCUCAAAAACUAUGGGCAUUACAAUUUGCCAUCCAUGGUCCACUGUUUUGCCACUGUAAAGAUAUUUAUAAUAAUCUACAAUUUGUUUGGCUGUGCCAAUUGGGUCCACUACUCUGUCUUGUAUUAAAACUCUUAAAGUUCUUUACUUAUAUUGGUAAACUCUGUGUAGAAGAAUGUCUGUUACCACUGGUAAUCUUCUUAUGAUUGAUUGGACCAUUAAUUAUUCUGCUUUGCAAUAACAUACACAUAUGUCAUGUCUGCAUUUGCCGUAUAUACUUUUGGAUUGAUACUUGAUUUCGAGGAUUUAGAAAUUAUGUUUUAAGAGAGUGUUGUUAAUUUUGACCACUUUGAUUGUAUAAAGUUUUCCUUUAAUUGCAAACUACUUUUUGGCUCACCCAUAGGAGUUAAAAAGAUCCAAAACACUAACGAAUUAGUAACAUAUAAUAGUUGAACUUUGCAAUAAUAAUUCAUCAUCGGCCAUUAUAUUUGUCUGCCCCUUAUCCAUUGUUAUCACUUUUAUUGUAUUUGAAGUUUUAGCAUUACAAUAUUAACACGUGUACCUCUUUAUUAUAUUCUAGUAUUUCAGACAGCAUGUGGACAGAAAAUUACCCUUUUCACAGCCUGUAUAUCUGGGGCUGGUCCCAAGUUGCGGUUGGACUGCCGAUACCAGAACAUAACAAACAAUCAACUGCGUUAUGAAUUUCGGGUGAAACGUGAACGAGAACUGAUCAUUGACACUACAAUGAACCUUAACUUCUUUAGUGAGAAAUACCAUAACCGGGCCAGCACUUUCCUAUCACGUGGUUUGGUUCAGCUUCAUCUUGAGCGCUUCAAUGCCUCCGAUGUGGGCCUUUACAUAUGUGCCCUGAAUAUUCCUAAUGACUUGACCAUUAAUCAGACAGCCAGGGUUAGUGUUCAGAAAGGUAAGAGGACAAGAAAUCUGCUGAACAUUAAUGGAAAUGCAUCUAUAAUGUAUGUAGCGGAAAGGUGCCAAAAUAACUUGUGAAAUAAAUAUUAGCAGUAGUUUUGACUGUUCCAUUUUAAGUAGCUUUUUUAAAAAGACUUUUGCAGUAUUGUACAUUUUAAUCCUGGCUCUUCUAUCCCAUUUCCCUGUUCUAAAAUACUUUCUUUUUAAAGAUUACAUUUUAAAAACAAAUUUAGUUUGGAAAAACGGCACCUCAGAGGGAGUAUGAUAACAUUAUACAAAUAUUUUCAGAGGCCGGUACAAACCAUUGUGUGGAAAUCUAUUCAUAAACAGAACUAUACAUAGGACACGGGGCCAUGCAUUUAGACUGGAAGAACAGAGAUUUAGUCUAAGGCAAAGAAACAUUUUUUUACAGUAAGAAUAAGAAGGAUGUGGAAUUUUCUGGCUGAAGAGGUGGUUUUAUUUACCAUGCAGAUGUUUGAACAGCAAUUGGAUAAGUACUUCCAAAAACAUAAUAUGCAAGGAUAUAAUUUCUAAUUAGUGGGUUAAUUAAUUCUCUCCCCUCAAUGUACCUUUCAACCAAUCAUAACUCCCCCUGCCCUAUCCUUUCCUUCUUUUGAAGUUCACACUGUCUGCCCAUUUAAACCCACUCCUUUAAGAAUUGCUAUCAUCCACCACCCCCCUCCCUCCCCCCCCCUGGUUAUCAUAGACUAUUCAUUGAGCAUUUUUCUUCCUGGCUUCCCCACUUCCUCUCAUCUAGCACUCCUUACCUUAUACUUGGGGAUUUCAAUAUCCCAAUCAAUAACCCCAAUUGCACUGAUGCCUCUCGUCUGCUCUCUGUAACCUCCUCCUUUGGCCUUAUGCAAUGGUUCAAUUUAGCAACCCACACAGCAGGAAACACUCUUGAUCUUGCCUUCACCAACCUCUGUACUGCCUCUAAUCUCUCCAAUAUUCCUUUUCCUCUAUCUGACCACCAUCUGCUGACUUUUGACAUUGGCAUACCUAAGACCCAAUUGACACCACCGUCUGAACAUCACUCUCACAGAAACCUCCAAUGUCUUGACCUAGAGCAUUUCUCCACUAAUCUCCAAACUCUCCUUUUACCUAUCUCAAACCUCACCUGUCCUAGUUCUGCAACCUCCUUCUACAAUUCCACCCUCUCCUCUCAACUAGACAUCAUGGCACCUUGUACAUUUAAAUGCUGCAGGCUCCUCCAACAACAAUCCUGGCACACCAAGCUCACUCGAUACCUCCAAAAAUGCUCCAGAACUGCUGAACUCUGUUGGAGAAAGUCUCACUGUGCCUCUGACUUUCUCCACUAUAAAUUUAUGCUGAGCUCAUACAGCUUGGCUCUUUCCUCUGCAAAAGUUAAUUACUUCAAUACCCUCAUAACCACACUCUCCCGCGAACCCGAACGACUAUUUCACACAUUUAACUCUCUUCUUUGCCCUGCUGUUCCUCCUCCACCUACUAACUUGACCGCCUCAGACUUUGCAACUCACUUCACUGACAACAUCUCUACAAUCAGAGAAGAGAUUUCUCAUCUUUCUUCUUCCCCUUACAACACUUCCCCUAACUUCAUUCCCUCUGCUGUUCUAUGUUCAUUUGCACCCGCUACAUUGGAAGAGGUUUCUGCUCUACUCCAGUCCUCCUGCCCCACCACCUGCUCCCUAGAUCCAAUUCCCUCACAUCUCAUCCGUACUCUGUCUUCUGCUCUUUCUCCACCUCUCACUAAAAUUCUCAAUCUCUCUCUCUCCUCUGGUAUAUUUCCAUUGCCCUUCAAACAUGCAACUGUAACCCCAAUUCUAAAGAAGCCCAAUCUUGACCCUAACUCCCCAUCCAACUAUCGUCCUAUCUCGCUACUGCCUUUUGCAUCCAAGAUCCUUGAAAAAAUUGUGUAUGCGAGAUUGACAGACUUCCUCGAGUCCAACUCUCUGCUAGACCUGCUUCAGUCUGGUUUCCGUGCUAAGCACUCUGUGGAAACGGCACUGACUAAAGUAUCCAAUGAUCUACUCGCUGCAAAAUCUCGUGGUCACUACUCUAUCCUAAUUAUCCUUGACCUGUCUGCGGCUUUUGACACGGUUGAUCAUCAACAGCUUCUUCUCAUCCUCCGCAAUAUCGGUCUACAAGAUAUUGCUCUCUCCUGGUGCUCCUCCUACCUCUCCCAGUGCUCUUUCAGUGUUUUUUCUCUGGCUAUGCUUCUUCUCCCCAACUCCUCUCUGUUGGUGUCCCCCAAGGUUCAGUCCUUGGUCCCCUACUGUUCUCCAUCUAUACUGCCUCCCUUGGUAAACUCAUUAGCUCCUUUGGCUUCCAAUAUCAUUUCUAUGCAGAUGACACGCAAAUCUACCUGUCCUCUCCUGAUCUCUCCCUGUCCCUCUUGACUAGUGUCUCUGACUGCCUCUCCGCUGUUUCUAACUGGAUGGCUGCCAACUUCCUUAAACUAAACUUGACCAAAACUGAAAUUCUGGUCUUUCCUCCCUCAAGUGUUGUUACUCCUGUGUCUGUCUCCCUCCAAGUCAACGGUGCUACCAUCAGCUUCACCACGCAGGCUCGCUGCCUAGGUGUUCUCUUUGACUCCUACCUCUCCUUCAAGCCUCAUGUUCAAUCUAUCCUGUCAUUUCCAUCUCAAAAACAUUGCGUGCAUCCACCUCUACUUAACGCCAGAUGCGACUAAGGUGUUGGUCCAUUCCACUUUACUUUCUCGCCUUGACUUCUGUAAUCCGCUUCUCAGUGGUGUUACGUGCUCCCAACUUGUGCCGUUACAGUCCAUAAUGAAUGCGGCGGUGAGGCUCAUCUUCCUGUCCGCCUGCACCUCCCAUGCCUCACUCUUCUGUCAGUCCCUACAUUGGCUUCCUAUAAAAUAUAGAGCUCCCACCUAUCUAUCCUCCCUUAUACACAAGUAUGUCCCGUCUAGGCCCUUACGAUCUGCUGAAGACUUACGUCUAUCUUCUCUCCGUACUCCCACCUCUGAUGCUCGCCUUCAAGAUUUCUCGAGGGCUGCACUGUUCCUGUGGAACUCUCUUCCCUCCUCCGUUAGAUGCUCACCCAGUCUCUACUCCUUCAAAAAAUCGUUAAAAACCCACUUCUUCAUAAAAGCGUAUCAAUUAAACUGUUAAUAGCUCCUGACUGAUUCCUCUUCUGCAACUGUCACUACUCUAAUACUAUCCUUACCUUUUUGUGUCAUUUUACCCCACUCCCUCUAGCAUGUCCUCAACCCCUCUGUUCCUGUGUGUCCAACUUGUCUGGUUACAACUACAUGUCUGUUCGUCCACCCAUUGUAAAGCGCUGCGGAAUUUGAUGGCGCUCUAUAAAUAUCAUAAUAAUAAUAACUAAUUGAUCCAAGAAGAUAUAUGACUACUAUUUUGGGGUCAAGAAGGAAUUUUUUCCAAGUUUGUUGCAAAAUUGUAAGCACUGCAGAUGUUUUUUUUUUUGUCUUCUUCUGGAUCAAUAGCAAAAACAUAUGUGAACCUGAUGGAUGCAUGUCUCUUUUCAGCUGUGUAACUAUGUAACUUAUUAUUGUGCAUGAUUAUAUCACAGCUCUGUUUCUGCCCUCCAUCCUAACAUGCAGUAUUUAGUAACAAAGCUGUACACUUCAUCUUGAGACACAUGAAAGGUUUCUGGGAGUUUCAGAUCAGUUAAAAAAAUUUAUAAGUAGAACACUAAUAACUAAGCUAUAGGAUUUAGAAAUCCCAGGUCUGUACAGAAUUAAGGGUCUACUAUCUACUAGUCAGUCCAUCGUCCUACAAUAUAUUCGGGGAUAUAGACAGUUUACAGAUUUAUUAUAUGUGAUGGGAACACAGAUGCAAGAAAUCUGUGAUCAGGCUAGUAACUGUAAAAUGUAUAAUAUCUGCAAAGAGAAUUAAAAAGCUUUUCCCCAAUCUGCACUUUAAUCCUUGCAGUGCCAAGUUAACCAUGUCCAACAUUUUUGACCCCAUUGACCAGAAUGAGAGGCACGUGACUGGCAAAGCCAUCCGAAGAGUUAGUAGAGCUCAGGGCUUGUGCAGUAAUGUCUAAGGAUUGCUACAUGCUGUAAAAUUAAAAGAAAUUGAUCAUUUUAAAUAUGGUAUGUGUUGUAAUAUGUCUUUGUACAUAUUUCAAAUCAGUUAUCUAUAUUAAGCAUGGAAAAAGUGAGUCCACCCGGUAAAGUGUGCUAAAGUGUCCCAAAAUAAUAAUGCCAGUGACAUAUAGUGCAAUUGUGAGCAGGCAGAUGGAGAGAUAGACACAGACUGCCUUGCUGUUCUGGUGUCAUACUAAAUGUAUAUUUAUAUUUCAUGAUUCUCACAUUUAAUGUGUGCUCUGACUUUUUAUUUUCACAGACAAACUAGAACGAUGUGGAGGAGUAAGCACCUUUAAUCUAAGCUCAUCAUGGCCCCUUGUCCUGCUCCUCACUUUGCCUUUGCUCCAAGCUGGUGGGUUUCUUUAUCUCUGAAGAUCAUAUUAUAUUGGUCUGGUCAGUGUCCCAGAGAUGUGAUGGGAACAACCCCGUAUUACUGCAUGGCUUCCACACUCUUCUUAGCAUCAAUCACCAAAUGCCUUUUAUCUGGACCCCUUUUUGGUAGAAGAAAUUGGGCAAAAAAUAAAUCAAACCUGCUCAUUCACAAUUCCUUAAAAUGAAAACUGUAAUCACAGCAAUAGUUGUUGAUUUUGCCAUCACCACUAAAGAAUUAUUUAUGGUCAAUACACUAUUUGUGUUGUUUAUGAAGUCUAAUUGUUGUAUAGUCAUCUUUGUAAGAAAAAAUUCACUGGGUCAACCAACAUCUUCUACAUUGCCAAUUUUCACUUUAAAAAAUAGUUGGGUUUUAUUUUUUUGAUGGUGAGUGAAAAUGGCAGAAAUUAAACAUUUAUGCUCCCUGUUUCAAUUAAAUAUUUUGUCUUGUAAAAUGUAAGAUAACUGUAUUUGGGAAUGAGUAGCAUUAAAUCUUGACCUUUAAUAUACUUCAGAUAAUUUCGAAUACACACUGAAGGAAACCAGUUGCUUAAAACUUAGCUUUCACAUGGAAUGAUUUCAUAUAAUAAGUAUGUAUAGCAAGUGUUUUACAUUUUUACAGAAACUAACAUUGAACUCUAACUAAAAACUUAAAGGACCACUAUAGGCAUCUAGACCACUACAGCUCAAUUAAGUGGUCUGGGUGCCAGGUUGCCCUGGUUUUAACCCUGCAGCUGAUAACAUAGCAGUUUCUAGUGGCCAUCUCCCUUACUAGAGGCCUCUUCCGCAACGCUCAAUCGCACUGAACUCACGUUGGACGUCCUCACGGAGUCCAGCUUCAAAUAAAAUCCCCAUAGGAAAGCAUUGAGUAAAGCAUUGCGCAUUCGGCUCUACUCGGGAGAUGACGUCAGCAGGGGGAGGAGAGGUCACCAGCACCGAGGGAGCCCGGCGCUGGAUUAAGAUACGUGGCUGAAGGGGUUUUAACACCUUUAACCCAGCAGGAGGAGGGCCCGAGGGAGGGGGGGACCUAUUAACCCAAUAGUGCCAGGAAACGGGUUUGUUUUCCUGGCACUAUAGGAUCCAUUUAAAGGCGGGCAAUGUUUUUGCCCUAAAAAUGCAUGAUCUCUCUCUCAUUAUUCGUUUAAUGUGCCCACAUGUUAUCUGCCUAAAGGAACACGCCAAGCAGCAUAAACCCUACAGCGCCUCCUCACAGCGAGAAGCUCUCUGUGCGCUGUGUGGUGCUGAGCUCAUUGGCUGAGAGCAAUCAGCUUAAAUUCUCAGCCAAUGAGCUGUCCCUGCACGGUCGGGAUUAGUUCAGGAAGGCUAACGAAAGUUACUAGCAAGCGUUUCUGGCUCUCACUUUUGGCUGUGAGGAGCUAGGCAGACUACAGGUCAAACUGUUCUUAAAUUGUUUGAUUACUUGCCCUGACAGUGGUGCCACUAUUUGGUGCUGAAGUGGUUAUGGUGCUUGGAGUGGUCCUUUAUUUAAUUUAACAAUUAACAAUAUACUUUUACUCAGUAGCUAACUUUUUUCUCUAUCAGGCCGCAAUAAAAAAAAUCUGUCAAGUUUAGUAAUAGACAGAAAUGGAUAAAAUAUGAUAAUCGAAAAGAAGCAUCUUUAAAGUGCUUUGUUAGCCAUGAUAAUUAAGAGAAUGAGAGUACAGCCAAUAUAUUUAAGACUUUAAAAAAAUUAUGUAGCCUUAAAGAUAUUUUAAAAAGACCAUUAUAUUACACAAGCUGCACUAAUGUACCUAUUAGAUCUUCUUUCUCAUUUCUGUGACCUGAUUCUAUGAGUUCUAGUAACAACUGCCAUGCAGAUUUCUAAAAUCUUGUAAAGAAUUCCUUAAACUGAUACUUCACAUACAAAUGGAGCAAAGUCCCUCGACAAUCCAAUGGAAAUGUCAUAUAAAACUGUAAAAUAAAUAGGUGUGCAGUCAGUAACCAUAACCAGUACUCAAAUAGAAAUGAUAAAAUCAACAUACAGUGAGGGUAAAAAGUAUCCCCUGCUGAUUUUGAAUGUUUGCCCACUGACAAAGAAAUGAUCAGUCUAUCAUUCUAAUGGUACGUGUAUUUAAACAGUGAGAGACAUAAUAACAAAACAAAAAAAAAUCCAGAAAAAUGCAUGUUAUAAAAGUUAUAAAUUGAUUUGCAUGUCAAUGAGUGAAAUAAGUAUUUGAUCCCCUAUCAAUCAGCAAGAUUUCCAAGGUGUCUUUUAUACAGGUACAAGCUGAGAUUAGAAGCACUCACUUAAAGGGAGUCCUCCUAAUCUCAGUUUGUUACCUGUAUAAAAGGCACUUGUCCACAGAAGGAAUCAAUCAAUCAGAUUCCAAACUCUCCACCGUGGCCAAGACCAAAGAGCUGUCCAAGGAUGUCAGGGACAAGAUUGUAGACUUACACAAGGCUGGAAUGGGCUACAAGACCAUCGCCAAGCAGCUUGGUGAGAAGGUGACAACAGUUGCGUUUAUUCGCAAAUGGAAGAAACACAAAAUAACUGUCGGUCUUCCUUGGUCUGGUGCUCCAUGCAAGAUCUCACCUUGUGGAGUUUCAAUGAUCAUGAGAACGGUGAAGAAUCAGCCCAAAACUACACGGGAGGAUCUUGUUAAUGAUCUCAAGGCAGCUGGGACCAAAGUCACAAAGGAAACAAUUGGUAACACACUACGACAUGAAGGACUGAAAUCCUGCAGCGCCUGCAAGGUCCCCCUGCUCAAGAGAGCACAUGUACAGGCCCGUCUGAAGUUUGCCAGUGAACAUCUGAAUGAUUUAGAGGACAACUGGGUUAAAGUGUUGUAGUCAGAUGAGACCAAAAUCGAGCUCUUUGGCAUCAACUGAACUCGCUGUGUUUGGAGGAGGAAGAGUGAUGCCUAUGACCCCAAGAACACCAUCCUCACCAUCAAACAUGGAGGUGGAAACAUUAUGCUUUGGGGGUGUUUUUCUGCUAAGGGGACAACACAACUGCACUGCAUCAAAGGGAUGAUGGAAGGGGCCAUGUACCGUCAAAUCUUCUGUGAGAACCUCCUUCCCUCAGCUAGCGCAUUGAAAAUGGGUGGUGGAUGGGUAUUCCAACAUGACAAUGACCCAAAACAUACAGCCAAGGCAACAAAGGAGUGGCUCAAGAAAAAGCACACUAAGGUCAUGGAGUGACCUAGCCAGUCUCCAGACUUUAAUCCCAUAGAAAAUCUGUGGAGGGAGCUGAAGGUUCGAGUUGCCAAACGUCAGCCUCGAAACCUUAAUGACUUGGAGAGGAUCUGCAAAGAGGAGUGAGACAAAAUCCCUCCUGAGAUGUGUGCAACCCUGAUGGCCAAAUACAAGAAACGUCUGACCUCUGUGAUUGCCAACAAGGAUUUUGUCACCAAGUACUAAGUCGAAGGGGUCAAUUACUUAUUUCACUCAUUGACAUGCAAAUCAAUUUAUAACUUUUUUUAACAUGUGUUUUUCUGGAUUUUCUUUUUGUUAUUUUGUCUUUCACUGUUAAAAUACACCUACCAGUAAAAUGAUAGACUGAUCAUUUCUUUGUCAGUGGGCAAAUGUUUAAAAUCAGCAGGGCGUCAAAUACUUUUUACCAUCACUGUAUGCUUCCAUCUCUAGCCCACCGGUUUUGUGAAAAUACCCGAUAUGAUGGAAUGGAGGGUAUGUUGUUGCCUGCUAAGAUUAAAAUGUAAAAUAAAGAGAUAUUGGUACAUCCAGGUAUCUUGUACCACAACACAACAUAUUUAAGGACAAAGGAAUGCCCAAUGCUAUAUCACCCUAUCCAGUAUCAAAUUCAAAUUAAUUAAUUUUUUUAAUCACCACAACAGCCUGCUGUAGUAGCUACGGUGUCAGAAGCACCCUAGUGCCCUACCAGACUAAGUAGUCAAACUAUUUAGGAAUCGUUCUUGCUAAGUACCAGCUGCCACCUCCACUGUUGCAGGAAUCGCCUGCAAGGAUCUUCUAGUUAGCUCAACGCAACUAAUGCCUGUAAGACGGUGUCAUAACAUUAAAAAUAUUUUGCCCAUUAAUCAAUUACUUGGCCCCACUUCAGUAGAAUUAUUACUCUAUUAAGGUGUGUGCCCAGUUAUUUUUUACAACUUUUUUUUAGAACAUUUAUUAAAUAAUUUGUAAUGAAAAACUUUCUUAUUUACAAGCUUAACUGUACAUUACUUGAAAAAUGUGUAAAAAAAUUGCUUUAGUGGUAACCAUUGCCAUUGCCAAUCAAUUGCACACAGGAACCUAAAUAGAGACAAAGUGGUAAUAUGAACCUGCCAUAGAGGGUACCUGGAAACACCAGAUAACACUGGUGCACACCUAUGCCCCCCAUAUAUGUAUUAAUGGUAUGAGGACCAGGGAACUGCAGCUGCCUACUGUGCCUUUUUCUCAGAUAUGGAACUGAAACCUUUUUUAUUACUUCUUGACUAGAUCAUCUUAUUUUAUAACAUCGGAGAUUGCAAAAUAAAGCCUUUUUUAAGCGUUCAUUUUCUACCAUUUUGGGGUACAUUCACCAAAAAUAAACAGGUUGAAAUUUAGCUAGAUGAAGUCAGAUGUAGAUAAGUUUUUAUUCUUGAAGCCGGCCUUAUUUACUUUUUUCACAAAGCGUAGAAGCAGCAACUAGCAUUUAAAAAGGCUGUCUACCCCUAAUAAAGUCAGAUGAAGCAAUAUAGCAAACUUCAGAAAGUCCUUGAUAAUAUUUGGCUGUUAAGCAGUGCUCCUUGACAUCAUCUAAUGGGCGUGAUGCAGUGAAUUACAGAUGUAUUGGCGGCUUUGAGAUAAAAAUGGCCCAAAAGGUACAAAAUAAAACAGAAAAACAGAUCACCAAUAAACUAGUACACAGACUAAAAGCAGCCUUCACAUUUCCCAUCCAAAUUACAGUAGUCUGUGGGCAGAAGUAUACUAAUAGGGGGAUGGAGGGUGGUCCGACCCAGGUGAUAUGCGGUGGGGGUGCAUAGAGUACCCCCCUCCAAAGCAGGCACAUCUGUGUGUUUAUAUGUGUCCAUGUGUGUGUUUGCAUAUAAGUGCAUGUAUAUCAGUGUGUUUAUGUAUGUGUUUGCUUGUGUAUAUGAAUGUACGUGUGUAUAUGAAUGUAAGUAUGUGUGAAUAUGAAUGUAUAUGUAUAUGAAAGUGUAUGUUAAAAUUCCAUGUAUGCCCCCUAGAUUUCAGAUUUCUUCAUUCUGCAGUACCUCACAGUGCCACCUUGCUGUGGUGCUGUUGCAGGCUGCUGCACUCAGAUUGGUCAGCUCUGACUCUGACCCCAACUGGCCCUACCUGAUAAUUACCUGAUAAUUAUCUUCUCCCUAUUAAGCCUUUUUUGGUUGCAUAUUGGGUUCUGAUUGGGUAUCAGCACCCCUUCACACCAAAACCCUCACAGUGUAUAUGAUUGUGAGUGUGUGCAGUUUCUCUAACAAAAUGGGAUUGGGAGUGCUUAGUGAGACACACACAGCUCGGGGGAUGGUAAAGCUAAAAUAUUUUUCUGCCUUCUGCCUCUGUCUGUGGGCACUAUUUAAAGGAACACUCUAAGCACCAUAACCACUCCAGAAGUGCUCUAUCAAGCCCCAAUGUAAGUAGUAACACUCCAAGCACCAUAACCACUCUAGAAAUGCUCUAUCGAGCCCCAAUGUGAGUAGUAAAAACUUUUGUCAAGGUUUGAUAUCGUACGUGUGGUUAGUUGGGCAACACUCCCUGCCUCUUCCAUUUUCAGUAUAGGACUUUCCUUUAUCUAUCCUGACCUAAGCUCAGCAGGGCCAUUGCUGAGCCGACUUACUGGUUGAGACAGUCAGCUAAUUGCUCUCAGCUAAUAAGCAAAGCCCUGCACUGCCAGACAUAGCUCAGACGAAGAUUUUCCAUCUACAGAGAGGCAGGACAAACCUGGGAUAACAAAUGGUUUGAUUAACUAAAUUUGGUGGUGCAUAGAACAGCGUGCUGUAGUGGUACUUGAAGUGUUCCUUGAAUACCAUAGUGACUAAUCAUUCCUCUGGUGGGGGUAGUACAUUAAUGAACCAGACGAUUUAGGACCCCUUCGCGGAUAUACUAUUUCAGAUCCCAUAAAAUGAGGAAAUUCACGUGUGUGUAUAUAUUAUAUUCAAACUCAUUAUCAGUAACACAUACCCCAAACACAGGAAGUACAGAAAAAGGCAAAAACCCCUGGUUAGUAUGGGCCAAGAGUAUCCUUACUUUUUUACCCACCAACUAUAACCAGUCCAUUUCCAGGUGAGAAUGUUUGCAUAGCUGUUUGUAUAUUUGACAUGUUCUUAGAGAUAACCUGCAAUUCUGAAUGAUUUUGCAGUUGCACUCUGUCACAUGAAACAUGUGCCAGAUCAUUGAUGCAAAUGGAAAUAUCCAUAUACUGUCACUUCUUCGCAACUAAGCAACUAGUAAUACAGAUACAGUUAUUGGAGACACAGUGGCCAUUAGGUUUAUAAUGGCCUCAGUGGCCACAUAACUAUGACUAUAUAAUAAUAUAUAAUAAUAUAAUAAUUGCAAAUCAGUUGGGCUUGAGACUGGAUCAUCAUUUAGAUAUAACAAUCAGGCAAUAUGUAGGACGGCACCUCUGGUUCAUUAACAGUAUUCAGCAGUAAGGCUGUACACAAGAAAUAUAAUCCAUGUUAAACAUGUAGGAAUAAGUGUUGACAAGGACUCUUUCAAAUAGCAGUAAAGUUGAAGUAUAUGUUUGAGAACAAUGUAGUAUUAAAACUAUAAUAGCCUUACAUAUAUUAUACAUUUACCCCUGGAAUAUUAUGAAUUCUAUUUAAUUCCAAGAAAAUAGCAGCACCAAACAUUCAUUGUAUUGUACAUGUAAAAUAUAGCAAAUCAUGUAUUUAACACUUUGUUCCUAAUUAAAUACAAAUACAAUGCCUUGCAAUAGUAUUCAGGCACUCGAACAAUGCUCACAUUUUACUGAAAAACUGUUUAUGUAUUGGACUUUUGUUCUGUAUGAUACUUCAUCAGAAAACUAGACUAGUGCACUUUAAGCAUUUCGGCUCUACCAAAGAUUUUUUUCCCAAAGAUAGAUCACUUUUUAGGACACUUAAACAUUCGGUUGGAUAUCGGUUUAUGCGAGGCCAAACGCUGAUUCAGGAGUCAAAUCCAAAGAUUGGCAAGGAAAAUAAAAACAUUAACAAGAUAGAGCUUUUGACCACAAUUCAAACUGCUCUGUGUUUCACAAAAUAAAACACUGCUUUUACCCCAAUAAAAGAAAGUUUGCUUUUAGCUUUUAGCUCAACUUUUAGCUCAACAACGAGCACAAAGCAAAGCAACGUUGUAAUAACGUAAAUAAUAAGAACAAAUUAUAAAAUUCUACAGUGACCCUGUCAAAGUUCUAAUCUUAAACUCAUUGAGAAUCUGUGGCAUUAUCUGAAAAUUACAGUCCACAAGCUUUACGUAUCCAACAUGGCACAAAAAUGCCAAAAACAACAAACAAAAAUUACAUCCAGACUUAAAGCUGUUAUUACAGCAAUACAUGGCUCCCCUAACUAUUAAUAAGAGGAGGCUGAAUGUUUAUGCAAACAAUACACUUCAUUUUUUGUUUAAAAUAUUUCCUCAUAAAUACCUAAUUUUGACUUUAAAAUGUGCCGUUAAAACGGAUGAAUUUGCUUUCAUUCAUGACGAUCGUUUGUAAAACAGAAAAAAAUAUAAAUAUAUUUUAUCAGGGUCUGAAUGCUUUCGCAAAGGAAACAUAUAUAUAUAAAGAUAUAUGUAUAUAUAUAAAGUGUUGUUAACAGAUUAAAAUAUACAUUAGACAUAUUAAAAUUGGUGUCAAUACUAUAACAUUAAAUAUAGUAUACCUUUAAAAAUGACCAUGCAUAAUUAAUUACAGUAAUUCUAUUUCUGGUAUAAGUCUUAACCAUACUUGUAGAGAUUGUUUCGCAAUGCUUCCAAAACGUGAUGCUACAUUUUAAACAUAUUAGCUGUUAUCCUUCAAAUAUACAAGGAAAUGUAGUGAGCACUUCUGUUUGAUACUGUGUGUUAAUUUUCAGAAACGGUGGGAUUAUAUUAUGAACCACUAUUUCUAAUACAUUUGACCAAAUUAUACCAUCUAAAUGUUGUCUUUAAUCUUCUUUACAUUGUUGCAUCAAUCUGUCUUUUCCUAUAAAUUUUUGUAUAAUGAAAUUUGAUAUAUCACCAUUGUUAAACCUUUAAUCAUGCAUAAAUUAUAUCUGUUUCCAAAAAUA